UGUCUACCACAUUACUUGGUAGCUUAUUCCAAGUGCCUACUGUUCUUUGUGUAAAGAAAAACUUCCUAAUGUUUGUGUGAAAUUUACCCUUAACAAGUUUCCAAUUUUGUCCCUGUGUUACAUUGCAAACAGUUGCCUGAUGGCCCAAGCAGACUUGACCUGGGAGAGCCAUGUUAACCUGUCAUGCAGCAUCACUGUCCACAAGGUGGAAGGUCAGGGCCCGAAUACAAUGAAAGUGUGGUUGACAUUUUACAGUGUGUUUGUGUAGUAUUCUAAAAGUAAACCUUUCUGUUUUGUAUAAUGCUUCUGUCACUGUUCUGCUUAUUCCCUUUGCUUCUAUUCCUGUUUCUCCAGGAUUAGACCUCUUGAAGGAGAUUCAAUCCAGUCUUGAGCUCCCUCCACUUUACACUCAUAUUAAAGGCCUCAUUGAGAAACACAGAAUGGAGGUGUCUGAAUCCACAGGAUCCCUGGAGGAUACAUCUUCUCCUGAGGAUCCUUACAACAGAGCUGUGGGCUUUGAGACUCGAUACACAGAGCUGAUUGUCAUUAGUCAUUACAAAAGAACCUAUAAUGAGACACACCAUGAACUUGAGAAGACUGGGAGGACUCAUGCAGAGCUGGUGGAGGAGCGGGCAAAGGAGAAAUGUGAGAGAAUCUGGACUGAGCAGCUUUUCAGAAGGAGUCCUGGACAUAAAACUCCCCCAUACGUUGUAGUGGUCAGUGGAGUGGCUGGGAUUGGAAAAACCACCAUGGUCCAGAAAGUAAUGUUUGAUUGGACCAGAGGUACUCAGUAUAAGAGGUUUGCAUUUGUGUUUCUGUUUAGAUUCAAGGAUCUCAACUUUCUGGACAAUGAGAAGGAGCCCCAGAUGCCUCUGACCAGGCUAAUCGUAAGGCACUAUAAAUAUCUCAAUAAUCCAAAACUGAAAGAAAUCCUGAAGAAACCUGAACAUCUCCUCUUUAUUUUUGAUGGACUAGAUGAGUACAGACACAAACUGGACUUCACACGGGAGCGGUUCUGCUCAGACCCAGAGGACUUAUUUCCCGUCCAUGUCUUGGUCACCAGCCUGAUCAGUGGGACCUUACUAAAGGGCUGUUCAGUUUUGAUCACAAGCAGACCAACAGCUCUGGAGUCUCUGGACAUGAAGAAAGUUGAUCGGUUUGCAGAGAUCUUGGGGUUCUUCCCUGAACAAAGGCUGAUGUACUUUAAGAAGUUCUUUGGUGACACUGAUCUGGGUACAGAGGCUUUUCAGUAUGUGGAGGAUAACGCCAUCCUCUACACCAUGUGCUUCAACCCCUCGUACUGCUGGAUUAUGUGCUCUGUGCUGCAGAGACAUUUUAUGACAUCUAAAGAUGAGCGAGGAGUCACUCCCAGAACUGUCACUGAACUCUUUGUGAUGUUCCUUCAGAACAUCCUCACGAAUCACAGGAGAGAAGCUGAUGACCAACGAGCAAAACUGGUGAAACUGGGAAAAAUGGCCUAUUAUGGAGUGGCCAACAGAGUUCUUGUGUUUUAUGAUAAGUUUGAGAUGUCUACUUUUGGUCUCCAAUCAGACCUUUCUUCUCCAUUCCUCUCAGGUUUCCUGAAGGAAAUCCUACAGAGAGAAAGCACUCUGGAGCACACAACAUACACAUUCUUCCACCUCACCCUGCAGGAGUUCAUGGCUGCCUGCUCCUUUUAUCUCGAUCCACCAAUGGAUAUUGAAGUGUUGCUUAAGAAUCUGGACUCCUGUAAAGAUGGCCGGUUUGAGAUUUUCACUCGAUUCCUGGCAGGAUUAGCCAGACCUUCUAUUUUUAAAAUACUUGGGGAAAUUCUGGGGGAUUUAAAGAGAAAGACUGCAAAGCAGAUACUGGAGUGGAUCAAGCAGAAAGCUGAGAGGGCUUUACAAAACAGAAAUAAAACUGAAGCUUUGCAAGUUUGCCAGUGGCUCUAUGAGACUCAGAAUGAGAAAUUAAUCAGAGACGCCACUGGGAAGGAUUUAAAUAUGGACUUUAGAAACACAACACUAUCUCCUCUGGACUGUGCUGUGCUGGCCUCUGUCAUCAGCUGUUGUGGAGACCUUCAGGAACUUAACCUGUCAUACUCGAAUCUUAGCCCAGAAUGCAUCAAGAGACUGGAGCCUGGCCUUGGCCAUUGUAUACAUGUGAAGUUGGACUCCUGUAGUCUCACCUCUGGAUGCUGUGAGUUCCUUUCCUCAGUUCUCUCGUCUGAACACUCGCAGAUGGCUGAGGUACAGCUGGACAACAAUAACCUGUGGGAUUCAGGAGUGAGUCUACUGUGCAAUGGGCUGAGGAACAAAAACUGUAAAUUAAAGAAGAUGAAGCUAAACUCGUGCCACUUGACCUCAGGAUGUUGUGCUGCUCUCUCUUCAAUUCUUUCAGCUGAACACUCACCCCUGACUGUACUGGAGUUAAACAAGAAUAACCUGGGGGAUUCCGGAGUGCGUCGGCUGUGUGAGGGGCUGGGGAGCCCCAACUGUAAACUAGAGAAACUGAGCUUGGACUCCUGUAGUCUCACCUCUGGAUGCUGUGAGUCCCUCUCAUCAGUUCUGUCUGCUGAACACUCACAGAUGACUGAGUUACAACUGAACAACAAUAAUUUAGAGGAUUCAGGAAUGAGUCUGCUAUGUGAUGGUCUAAGAAACAAAAACUGUAAAUUAGCAAAACUGGGGCUCUUCUCGUGUGGUCUCACCUCUGGUUGCUGUGAAGCCCUCUCCUCAGUUCUUUCUUCAAAACACUCUUGCCUGACUGAUCUGGAACUCGGGCACAACAAUCUGAAGGACUCGGGUGUGCGUCUGCUGAGUGAGAGUCUGAAGAACACAGAUUGCAAAUUGAAUAAACUGAGGAUGAAGAAUAACCGUAUCAGUGAGGAAGAAAAGAGGAACAUGAAGAUACUAGAGAAGCACCUGAAAAGACCUGGAUGGCAAAUAGAAAUUUUUGCAUAAGGCAAGCAGAAUUGCUGAAUUUCUGUCCUGUCACCAUUUUGCUAAAUAUACUCUUCAUUAUUUAUUUUAAAAUUGAUGACACAAAGUUUAGCCAAACUAUUUAAAUUUGUUGUAAGGUUGGUUUGUUUUUUUAAAAUAGUUUAAUAAAAUAAAUUGUGGAAAUGCUUCCGCUUGGCUGUCAGUCAGUGCGCCCUCUAGUGGUAAGCUGUUAAGAUUUGAAAAGACAGAUGCAGGUUGAGUUCCUACCACUGAAAGACCUGACAACUUGUGUUCAUGUACUUGGGACUU